AUGGAACCGCAAUACGACGCACAAGAACCCGACAGCGCGCCUUUGGUGUUUACCGAGGCCGCGGCCCGUAAAGUCGGGGAACUCCUGAAGGAAGAAGAAAACCCCGCGCUGAUGCUGCGGGUCUACAUUUCCGGCGGCGGCUGUUCCGGCUUUCAGUACGGUUUCACUUUCGACGAGACGCGGGAAGAAGGCGACGCCUCGGUGAAACAACUGGGCGUCACGCUGCUGGUAGACCCAACCAGCCUGCAAUACCUGGAAGGCGCGGAGAUCGACUUCAAGGACGACUUAAGCGGUGCCCGCUUCGUGAUCCGCAACCCAAACGCGCAAAGCACCUGCGGGUGCGGUUCAAGCUUUUCCGCCUGA